GUUGUCAAGGUUUCUCGUUUUGUACGCUCGACAAACUUAAAGCUGAAAUUUACGUUUGAUUCACUGAAAACAAAAUCAAAUCAUACUUCAUAAAAAUAUGUACUAAGUACAUUCUUAUCACAGUUUUUUCUAAUAUGUAAUAAAGCACAAAGUGUUCGUAAUAUUGUGAGUCUCACCCCUACAAUUAACCCGCUAGGUUUUUAUAGAAUGAACUCAAGUCGUGUAAACGCGGAGUAACUUUUUAGUAUUUUUUGUGUAUUCUUAUACUCCUCUUCAUGUUGGUUUUAUGUCAUUAUUUCGGAAUUUCUACUUUAAAUAAGAACAACAUAGAUGGAUCGCAAUAUAGUAAGAGAAAGUACGCUUUUGGUUUAUUCUUAUUACUACUGGUUGUUAUUUUGUGGGUGUUAUCGUCGGAGAUGACAAAGUACAUUUAUGAAGAGAAGGGUUUGGACAGACCAUUUUUAAUAACAUAUGUACGAAGUUCAUUGCUGUUUGUAUAUCUACUAGUAUUAUGUUUCACACCGCCAACAAAGGACCCAUGUAGACCUACAGACUACACACAAUUGUUAGAGCCCACAGCGGAAACAGAUGAGGAAAGCUAUAUUUCUGAAUCAGGGAACAGCUUGGGUGAUUCAACAUUUGUCCCAGUCCGCGCUGGAGAAACCACAGACAGCGACGAUGCAGCCCCUAGAGCUGUUAGGUUCAAUAAAGUUGCUGAGGUGCGCGUGAUGUCAGCAGCGAUGGCGGGCGAAGCACUGCUGGCUCGGCUGUCGUGGCAGGCGUCGGUGCGCGCCACGGAGUACGCACAACGGCGGGCCGCGGCCGCCGCCACGAGGAGGCAUCUCCGGCUGGCUGUGAUGUUCAGUGUCCCGUGGUUCCUGUCAAACUACCUGUACCGCCUGAGCCUAGAAGGCAGCGUCGCGGCCGCUUGUACAAUCUUCACGUCGGCAUACAUUUCCUUCACGUUGGUGAUCACCGCGAUGUUUCCACUAACACCCUCUGAACGGUUCUCGUUCUCCAAAUUUGUGGCCUGCCUUCUUACUUUUGUAGGAGUGGUAUUGCUAAGCUGGUCACUUACCUACACCCUGAAGGCAAUGUGGUCCUCCUUGGGAUCAGCUGCGUUGUAUGGAAUGCUCCUGUUGAUGAUCCGGGAGGAAUCAAAAAAUGGAGAGGGAAUCAACUCUCCCCUUCUAGUUGGUCUAGUUGGCUGCGCCUGUGGUUGCCUAGCGUGGGUGCUGGGUGGGAUCCUGGGUGCGGCGGGCGUGGAGCCGGCCGAGCUGCCGCCGCCCAAACUGUGGAGCUGGGUGCUACUCGACGCAGCCAUUGGACCACUUCUCAUGGAGUCUCUUUGGUUAUGGGGUCGUUCUCUAACGUCGCCUCAGGCCGCCACGGCCAUGCUGGGCCUGACAAUGCCGCUGUCGGCGUGCGUGGUGUUCUACCGGCAGGGGGUGGCGGGGGCCAGCCUGCUGUGCGGCGUGUCAAUCAGUCAGUGACGGAGGAGUUAUAUAUCGAUGUUAUGUCCAACAGGGGUCGUUCUCUAACGUCGCCUCAGGCCGCCACGGCCAUGCUGGGCCUGACAAUGCCGCUGUCGGCGUGCGUGGUGUUCUACCGGCAGGGGGUGGCGGGGGCCAGCCUGCUGUGCGGCGUGUCAGUCAGUCAGUGACGGAGGAGUUAUAUAUCGAUGUUAUGUCCAACAGGGGUCGUUCUCUAACGUCGCCUCAGGCCGCCACGGCCAUGCUGGGCCUGACAAUGCCGCUGUCGGCGUGCGUGGUGUUCUACCGGCAGGGGGUGGCGGGGGCCAGCCUGCUGUGCGGCGUGUCAGUCAGUCAGUGACGGAGGAGUUAUAUAUCGAUGUUAUGUCCAACAGGGGUCGUUCUCUAACGUCGCCUCAGGCCGCCACGGCCAUGCUGGGCCUGACAAUGCCGCUGUCGGCGUGCGUGGUGUUCUACCGGCAGGGGGUGGCGGGGGCCAGCCUGCUGUGCGGCGUGUCAGUCAGUCAGUGACGGAGGAGUUAUAUAUCGAUGUUAUGUCCAACAGGGGUCGUUCUCUAACGUCGCCUCAGGCCGCCACGGCCAUGCUGGGCCUGACAAUGCCGCUGUCGGCGUGCGUGGUGUUCUACCGGCAGGGGGUGGCGGGGGCCAGCCUGCUGUGCGGCGUGUCAGUCAGUCAGUGACGGAGGAGUUAUAUAUCGAUGUUAUGUCCAACAGGGGUCGUUCUCUAACGUCGCCUCAGGCCGCCACGGCCAUGCUGGGCCUGACAAUGCCGCUGUCGGCGUGCGUGGUGUUCUACCGGCAGGGGGUGGCGGGGGCCAGCCUGCUGUGCGGCGUGUCAGU